AUGGGAAACACAGACAGUCACAGCAGCUUCGUCCCUCCUGCCAAGUCCUCCUCCUCCCUCCGGUUUUCCUCCAGGAGGGAGGAGGUGCCGUCGGCUCGCAGCUGGUGGAGGAGCAGCCAGGGGGGAAGCAGGAGCCGGGGGAGCAGCUACCUGAACCAGCACACCGCCGGUCCGCCGUUCACCUCCUGGCAUUAUGAGCAGGCAGCCAAAGCCACCAGAGGAGGAUCCGGAUCUCCUCCGAGGUUCCUCAGAAAUAACCAGUUCGUGGAGGCCGCCGGCGGCCCAGAGCGGACCUCCGUGGAGAGUGGCGGCAGCCCGAAGGUGCUGCUCAGCAAAGACGGCAGCAUGAGGGUGGAGUUCAGCAACGCCAGGGGAGUCCCCUUGGAGCCGCAGGGCCUCUUCGCCACCGCCGCAACCGGCACCACUGCAGGUAACGAGCCCUCCCUCCGCACCAGUAAAGGCAGCUCGCUCAGCUCCGACGGCUCCUGGUACGACUCCCCGUGGGGGACCGGCGGCGAGCUGGCCGACAACGUGUUCGUCUGCCGGCAGAGCGUGGCGAGCCGGUUCACCGAGGAGACCGCCGCCACCAGCAGCGGGUACAACACCGUCUUCUCGACCCAGGUGGACGCACCUGGAUCCGACUCCGGCCUCGUCUUCCCCACCACCGGCUACAACACCUGCUCCUCGGGGCGAACGGAGGACAGCGGCAUCGGAGACUCGGUGGUCCUGCAGGCCGACCUGAGAGACUUUGGCCUGGCUUCGCCGUCGUCGUCCUCCUUGCUGGACGGCGUUUGCCACAAUGCGCCGCCCGCCUUCCCCACCACGCCGGACGCCACGGCGCUACUGCUGCUGGAUGAUGCCAUCCGGGAGGAGGAGGAGUCAGGAGGAGGCGGGGAGCAGCGCUACUCAUCUGUGACGCUCCCCUGCCGCAGGGUCGAGCCCGCCGCCGCCACCGGGAACAACCGCAAGGACUUCCUGAAGAACCGAAUCAGACGACUCAGCGACUGGACAGGAAGUCUGAGCAGGAAGAAGAGGAGGAUCCAGGAGACUAACGGCAGCGACACCACCAGCACCUUGUGGUCCUCCAACCCUCUCCACACCCUGAACCUCAAGCAGAACCAGUUUCCAUCAGCUCACUGUGGCUCCUCCAGGAGCCUGGACCAGAACCAGUUCCCAGCAGCUCACUGUGGCUCCUACAGGAGCCUGAACCUGAACCAGAACCAGAGCAACGACGUCCAACGGCAGAACGUCUAUGAAAACUUCAUGCAGGAGCUGGAGACGGGCUGCAGCAGCACAGCUGAACUGACGGAGCUGUCAGAGGAGGAGGAGGAGGAGGAGGAGGAGGAGGAGGAGGAGGAGGAGGAGGAGGAGGAGGAGGAGGAGGUGGGAGGAGGAGGCGAGCAGCUGGACGUCCUGCUUGAGGAGGAGCAGGGCGCGGUGCGACGGGCCGGGUGGCUCUCCUUUAAAGCUCUCAUCACCGUCAGCAGAGACAGGAAGCUGGAGCUGGUGCCUCGACGCAGGUGGAGACACUACUGGGUCACUCUGAGAGGUUGCUCGCUGCUGUUUUACGAGACUUACGGUAAAAGUGUGGCCGCCGACCGGGAGCUCUCGGCCCGCUUCGCCCUGCUGGCCGCCGACGGCCUCGUGCAGGCCGUCCCCGAGCACCCCAAGAGAGAGCACGUGUUCUGCCUCAGCAACGCGCACGGAGACGUGCACCUGCUCCAGGCCACCAACCAGACCGACCUGGAGAACUGGGUGACGGCGAUCCACUCGGCGAGCGCCUCCCUGCUGGCGCGGCGCCAGGGGAAGGAGGACACGCUGCGCCUCCUGCGCUGCCAGAGCCGCUCACUGCUGCACAGCAUCGACAUGGACGGCAAGAUGAAGAAGAUGGCGGAGCUGCAGCUGUCCGUCAUCAAGGAGGCCAAGAACAGGAGGUCCGUGGAGAGCCAGAUCCAGCAGUGGGAGCAGAACCUGGAAAAGCUGAACCUGGAUCUGUUCCGGCUGCGCUGCUAUCUGUCCAGCCUGCAGGGCGGCGAGCUGCCGAACCCCAAGAGCCUCCUCGCUGUGGCCAGCCGGCCCUCCAAGAGCAUGCUGGGACGCCUGAGGGUCUUCUCCGUGUCCUCCUUCCACGCUCUGGUGUGCAGCCGGGACGAGGAGGCGAUGAGGAGGCGCUGCGGGACGGGAGGAAGCGGGAGGGGGGCGGGGCUUCCGUCCUCUCUGAGGGCUCUGGACGGACUGAAGAGACGCAGCAGGGAUGCCAGACCCUCCACGUCCCAGAGAAGCAAACCGAGGGUGGCGGCGCCCCCUGCAGGACGCCCUGCAGCUCUGCAGGCGCGUGACGAGCUUCCGGGUGUUUUCACGCUGAACAUCUGUCGGCUCGACGCUUCAGAAGACUUCGGCUUCAAGGUGACGGGUCACGUGGACGCGGAGGGGCGGAGUCUGGUCCACGUCAGCGAGGUGGACGCGGAGGGACAGUCGGCCAGAGGAGGCCUCAGGGCGGGAGACCAGGUCCUGGCGGUGAACGGGGCCGGUGUGUCCGGACUGGACCUGGACCUGAUGCAGAGCCUCUUCAGCCACCAGAAGCUCACGCUGCGGCUCCAGAGGGACCGGGAGCCCGCUGGCCCCCUGGACCUCCAGACCUGGACCAGCAUCGAACCUGAGCUUGAUUCCACAGACGUCCCGUUUCCUGUUUGUGACGACGAGCUGCGAAGACAGAACGUGCAGCGGGUUCCCACCCUCUACCAAACCUUCCCAGAAUGCCGAGCGGCGGAGGCCGAUGUUCCCAGGAACCCGUACGGCCGAGACGCCGCCAUGCAGCCCGCAAGCCCCGCCCACCUGAGCGCGUGUCAGCGUCUGCGUAAAGUCAUCCAGGAACUGGUCGACACGGAGAAGUCCUACGUCAAGGACCUGGUCCGUCUGUUUGAGGUCUACCUGACUCCGCUGCAGAAGGAGACCUUCCUUAGCAAAGAAGAGAUGGAGGCGUUGUUCGGCAGCCUGCCGGAGAUGUUGGACUUCCAGAGAGUUUUCCUUCAGACGCUGGAGGAGAGAAUCUCCUCCUGUCCCGACUUCAGCCACCCGGAGACACCUGAGCAGCUGAAGCUCCUCCUCUUCUCGUUGGGCGGAUCUUUUCUCUUCUACGCCGACCACUUCAAGCACUACAGCGGCUUCUGUGCCAACCACAUCAAGGUCCAGAAGGUCCUGGAGAGAGCGAAGACAGACGGAGCCUUCAAGAACUUCUUAGAGACCAGGAACCCGACCAAUCAGCACUCGUCGUCUCUGGAGUCGUACCUGAUCAAACCUGUUCAGAGAGUCCUGAAGUAUCCACUGCUGCUGAGGGAGCUGGCCUCCCUGACCGACCCCAAGAGCCCCGAACACACACACCUGACAGAGGCGCUGAGAGCGAUGGAGAAAGUAGCGACUCACAUCAACGAGAUGCAGAAGAUCUACGAGGACUACGGCUGCGUGUUCGACCAGCUGGCUGCAGAGCACAGUUCACCUGACAAGCAGGUGACGGAGAUCUCCAUGGGGGAGUUCCUGGUCCACUCGGCGGUGGUCUGGCUGAACCCGCUCCCCAGUCUGGGCCGCCUGAGGAAGGAACCCGAGCUCACCGUGUUCGUGUUCAAGCGGGCCGUGAUCCUGGUCUACCGGGAGACCGGCAAGCUGAAGAAGAGGACGACCGCCUCCCGCUCAGCUGACCCAGACUCCUUCAGGUUCCGCUGGUUGAUCCCAGUGUCGGCGGUUCAGGUCAGACCGGCCAACAUCACAGGCUCAGAGGACCAGUGUGUGUGGGAGCUGGUCCACAGCCGGUCGGAGCUGGAGGGACGGCCGGAGACGGUGUUUCAGCUCUGCAGCAGUGGUGUGGAGACGAAGGCCAGUGUGCUGCUAGCUCUGCGCUCCCUCCUCAGGGAGCGAGCGCCCGCCGGCUCCCUGAGGAGGACCAGGCUGUCGACGGCCGAGAGGAGCAGCUCCUGGAGGAGGCGGCAGCAGAGGAGGACGACUCCUCAUCCGUCGGCAGACGGCCGUCGGUUCCUCGGGAAGGAAACCUGCUCGGAGCCUCUGCUGCCGAACCGCGGCACCGCCGCCCCGACGGGGAAGAGGACCAGACUCUGCUCUCUGACCGGCGAGCUGGAGGCUCAGCUGCAGAGGCUGAACUUCACCGAGGAGGAGGAGGAGAAGGAGGAGGAGAAGGCACAGCGAGGAGCGGACGACCGGAGGAACCGGGCUAAGAGACGGAGCUCCAGUCUGCGACAAAGUCCAGGAGGAGAAGUGCUGGACCUCGGCGGUCUGCUGGAGAGAGACUUCAGCGUUCAGAGCUUGACCUCCAUGAUUAGCGAAGACUGUUUCUAUGACAGCGUGUUGGGGAGACGGACGGCUAACGAGCUAACGUGCUAACGGGGAGAAGACUGAAUCUUCAAGACUACUGGAAUAAAACUCCAGUUCCUGUUUCUGACCUCCAUCACCAGGAAGUCCUUGAAACACUGCUCUCAUCUUGACGAGAUCACAGACGACGGGAAUGAAGAAACAUCACAGACGACGGGAAUGAAGAAACAUCACAGACGACGGGAAUGAAGAAACAUCACAGACGACGG